UACAGAACAGGGGCUUCUGGGGCCAGGAAAUGAGGUCUGUGAGCAAAGCGUGCUGGGUUGCACGUUGGGCCAUGUGUUUCCGGACUCGGGGAUGGUAUCGCUGCUUGUGAGUGUGAGCCAGCUCUUCGCUUCAGCACUGUUGCAUCUCUGUGAAGGGGUCCUGGGAAAAGGAGAUGCCUUCCUGCCCCAAACUGAGAAACAGAAGCUGCUGUGGUGCUGUUACUGAUCAAUGUCCUUUGGCAAGGCUUGACAACGUUCAAUGAGUGGGAAAUAUGAGUGAAUGGCAGAGGAAAAGUCCUUUAGAAUGGCAGACUUAUGUGAACAAAGAAGUAAAAGUCACAGCUGCUGAGAAACAUGAAUACAAGGGAUGGGUCUUAACAGUUGACCCAGUUUCUGCAAAUGUUGUCCUAGUGAAGCUCAUGGAGGAUGGAAAAGUAUGUGUCUCAGUCAUCCUGGGUCACGCUGUACAGAAAGUUGAAAUAGUGAAUGAAGGGGAUGAUGAAAUGAAGGAGCAGCUUGCUCACCUAUUCAUGCCAGAAGAGAGCAAAGUUUAUGGCCACGAAGAACUGGAGAAGAGGAAGAGCAGCCUGAAGACUUGGUUGGAGACCAAUCACAUCCCUGUAACAGAACAAGGCGAGUCACAAAGAACACUGUGUGUGGCAGGUGUAUUAACUAUCGACCCACCAUACGGGCCAGAAGACUGCAGCAGCUCCAAUGAAAUUAUUCUAUCUCGAGUCCAGAGCUUGAUACAAGGCCAUCUUGCAACGCAGUAAUAAUGGACAAGUUGAUAAACGCUUCUCAUCUAAAACUCUUCUAUUUCAAACAGGGGGAGGUGCUCAUUUUCCCUUAAUUGAAAGAAUUGUUCUAUACUAUUGGUUGACUUGAUUUUCACUGACUGGUGUGAGGGUGAGCAGUACUGUUGUGCGUUAGCCACUCUGGCUGAUUCUGUAUGUGAGGAAACAGAUGGUGGAACAGUCGUAUAACUGAAAGCAGGAAGCAUUUGUACUACCUAAUAUUUUGUAUAAAAAACCAUUAUUUGGUAUGAAUGACAUUUUA